UAUAUUCAAGCCUAAAUUAAGAUAAUACUCACAAUCAAAUAUUUUUUUUAUUUCUUCAUCUUCAUUGAAGCUAUACAUAUACACAGGGUUUACAAGCUGAAAUUGAGGAUGAUAUGAAGGAGCACAGCGUAAUGUUUUCUGCUAGUAUAAGACUUCAAUCGUUUAUAAAGUGUUCGUGUUGAAAUGUUCUUUAGGGCGUGGAAUACUGCUAUAGGUGAUAUGGGAUAUGCUCUUAGUAGAUUGGAGAUAGACCCGGAUUAUUCUGAUAGUGAAUCUUCUCUUGUUGGAGAUGAUCAUGACAGUCCUCGACCUUCGUCUCAAAAUGAUUUGGAUCAUGAAGUUGCCCAGUUAACUAAAAUCAGAUCGGCACCCCAUGAAAGGUUGAAACGGGUUCUUCCUCGAAGAGAGGAGUUUCCAGUUUCACCGGUGAAGAUGUUAGCUGGACGAGAAGGGAAUUAUUCUGGUAGAGGUAGGUUUUCUUCAGCAGAUCAAUGUCAUCUUCUUAACAAAUAUCUACCAGUUAAAGGUCCUUCUACAAUCGACCAAUUGACUACCCGCGCUUAUGUCUCGCAAUUUUCAAAUGAUGGCUCCCUUUUUGUUGCUGCAUUUCAGGGAAGCCACAUUAAAGUUUAUAAUGCUGAAAUGGGGUGGAAACUUCAAAAAAAUAUUGUUGCCAGAAGCUUGCGCUGGACGAUUACAGAUACAUCUCUUUCACCAGAUAAACGUUUCCUGGUUUAUGCGACUAUGUCUCCUAUGGUCAACAUUGUCAAUAUUGGAUCUGCUGCAACAGAGUCUCAUGCAAAUGUUACGGAGAUCCAUGAAGGGCUUGAAUUUUCUGGUGAUGAUGAAGGGGGGUAUUCAUUUGGAAUUUUUUCUGUAAAGUUUUCUAAUGAUGGCAAAGAACUUGUAGCUGGAAGUAGUGAUGAUUCAAUUUAUGUUUAUGAUAUUGAAGCAAACAAACUUUCCCUUCGAAUUCAAGCACAUACGUCAGAUGUAAAUAGCGUGUGUUUUGCUGAUGAAACCAGUCACCUGAUAUAUUCUGGGAGUGAUGACAAUCUCUGCAAGGUUUGGGACAGACGCUGCUUCAGAUCAAAAGGAAAACCUGCUGGAAUCCUGGUGGGGCACCUAGAAGGAAUUACACAUCUUGAUAGCCGUAAUGAUGGUCGUUAUUUCAUUUCAAAUGGAAAGGAUCAGACCAUCAAGCUUUGGGAUAUCCGAAAGAUGUCCCCUAAUGCCAUUCACACUCCUGGGUUCAGGAACUAUGAAUGGGAUUAUAGAUGGAUGGACUACCCUCUUCGGGCACGGGAUGUGAAACAUCCAAAUGAUCAAUCUGUUUCCACAUAUAAAGGUCAUUCCGUAUUACGUACACUGAUACGCUGCUACUUUUCACCAGAGUAUAGCACUGGCCAGAAGUAUAUCUAUACUGGUUCUCAUGAUUCUUGUGUUUAUGUUUAUGAUUUGGUGAGUGGAGCUCAAGUUGCGCGACUUGUCCACCAUAAGUCAACUGUACGAGAUUGCAGUUGGCACCCUUAUUAUCCAAUGCUUGUUAGUUCUUCAUUUGACGGAGAUAUCGCAAAGUGGGAAUUUCCUGGUAAUGCAGAUGCCCCAAUUCCUGUGAACACUAGUAGGCCGCGAAGACAACAUUUUGAUUGAUUAAACACGCUGCGGAAUCUGUAAGUUCAUUGAAAAUAAGGAAAAGAUAGAACGAAUAACUUUUUUGUUGUUGUGAUCUGUAAAUUUAUUUUGGAAGAAAAGAUUGUCAAUUUCUUUCCGGAGAAAAGAUUGUAUAUAAAACUUACUCCGUAUAUAAUAAAUCAUGUUUACCAUA